CCACCAACCAUCUCCCACCUUCUCUCCUUCCCCCAACUCCGCCGCCGCUGACCUUGUCGGCCGCCGCCGCCGGCGAGGCCCCAUAUCGCCGGAGGCCUACCCCCGCCACCGCCGUGCCCUCGAUCUCUCCUUGGCCCGAGCUUCCAGCUCCCACGGGCCCCUAUAGCGCUCGCCUCCUGCUCGGUAGAACCCUAGAUCUUCGAUACCCCGCGCCCCUUUCCGCCGCCGUCCCGGCCACCGGCAUGAAGGUGUCCAACUAUCCCCAGUAGGAUCCAGGGACCAGGAGUCCAGCUUUGCGCUGGUGCUGCGGGCCCGCCUCGAUGGCGAUCCGCAUCACCAUGUCGUACUCCGGCUACGUGGCGCAGAACCUGGCCUCGUCCUUUGGCAUGCGCUGCACCGCCGCCGCCGCAGCCUCCGGUGCGGCGCCUGGGGCCGGGGCCGGGGCUCGCUUCCUCCAGGACGCGCUCCCUCGCUCCUUCUGCCUCUUCGCGUCCUCCGGCCGCUCCGAGUACCGCCAUGAUGCCGACGACCACAACCAUCCGAAGCCCAAGGCCAAGGCUCUCCCUGCCGCCGCCAGCAGAGGGAGCCAUUCGCUGUUGCUCUCGCGGUCGCGCCCGCCGAAGGCGCCGGUGAAUGACCCGCCGGCGUCGCUGGCCGUCGGGUUGCUGACGUUGUUCACCUCCGGUACGGGCGCCUCCUCGCUCUCGGCCUCGCCGUCGAUAUCGUCCGGGCUCAACCCCGCGGCGCUCCUCCCCUUCUUGCAGGCGACCAAGUGGCUCCCCUGCAGUGACCUCAUCAACUCCGCGCCGCCGUCCCGCAAGUCGAUACGCCCAGCGGAUGUGGCUAAAGCUCCCACUGCUGCUCCUACUGCUAAGCAUGUGGCACGAGCUACGCCUGCACCUGCGCCUUCACCUCGUCCUGCGAACGUGCCCUCCCCUGCCGUGGCUGCCCCUUCUAAGGUGGGCGUGAAAGCAUUGGUUGGCAGUGGAGUAAUCAACUCCGGUGCUGUUGGAAUGGCUGGUAGUGGCGUAAUCAACUCCGGUGCUGCUGGAAUGGUGAGAAAAAGCAGUGCUGCUCUUGGUGGUGCUGCAGGGGCGAGCAGGAAGAAUUGGCUAUCAAGGUGGGUGAGCUCCUGCUCGGAUGAUGCUAAGACUGUCUUCGCCGCUGUGACUGUGCCACUGCUUUAUAGAUCAUCCUUAGCUGAGCCAAGGUCCAUCCCAUCCAAGUCUAUGUAUCCGACAUUUGAUGUUGGUGACCGAAUCCUCGCUGAGAAGAUUUCAUAUGUUUUCCGUGAGCCUAAUAUUUCGGACAUUGUGAUCUUUCGUGCACCCCCAGUCCUGCAGGCAUUGGGCUACAGUUCAGGAGAUGUCUUCAUCAAGAGAGUUGUGGCCAAGGGCGGGGAUACCGUUGAAGUCCAUGAUGGUAAAUUAUUGGUUAAUGGUAUAGUCCAGGAUGAGGAAUUUGUGCUGGAGCCACUCAACUAUGAAAUGGGUCAAGUGACUAUUCCUGAAGGUUAUGUGUUUGUGCUGGGGGACAACAGAAACAACAGCUUUGAUUCACAUAAUUGGGGACCACUCCCUGUGAAGAACAUUCUUGGGAGAUCUGUGCUUCGAUACUGGCCUCCAUCAAAAAUAACAGAUACAGUCUUCGAGCAUGAUGCAGUUCACUGCACAGCAGGCAUCUCCUGAGAAGUAGUUGUUCUGGCAGACCAGAAAACAGUCCAUUCUUUUGGCCAAGCUUCGAUGAUGAGCUUAGCCACAUUUUUUCUUCUAAUUUUUAUUUUGCUGGAUGUCUCCUUGCCUCAAAUGCAAUUUUGGCUGUUGUGCUGACUAGCAGUUUUUUGCAUGCCCCAGAGGCAGAUGCUUGGUUAAAGGCAGCAAUGCUUAUACGCAGUAAUGUAAGAAGGAACCUACAUCUUUAUAAAACGCCAAUAGAUGAACAUCUAUGGUGUGUAGGCUUACCCCCAUGCAGAUCAUGCUCUCUUUCAGACACAAGGAGAGCGGGCAUCACAUGAUGUUCAGAUCGUGAUGUAAAAGAAAUGGAAAGCAUGACGCAUCUGUUCC